AUGGUGCUAUUCAAACGGAAACCGGUUCAAUACCUUCCCCAGACUGUCAUUGAAGAUGAUAGCUCCGAGGUUUGGGUAAUUCCAGAAACCAAUGAGGUCUUCACCUCCUACGUGCAUUACCUUCAGCGAAUGGAUUUCUACAAACAACGCCGAUUUAUCUGCGAGAUCACCGGCCAUUCGGGGUUGACAUUCUUUGAGGCACUGCGCAGCGAGACGGAGGAGUCGCGGGAAGUCAAUAACAGUUUCCCCGAUGCACUGAGAGAACCUAUUUUGCGCAGGAUUCAGUUCUCUACAGUCUCGAGAGUGGACAGUUUGGUGGAUGAGAUUUACGAAGAAUUCAAAUCCGACUUUUACCCUGGCGAAGCCGUUGUUAUCCUGCUGGACGACAACACUCGACUCAAUGGUACCAUCAGAGACAAAGCCAACUUCGCAGAGCAGUUGUAUGCUGAUGGUACCAUAAAGAGUCCUGCCUUUGCGAGAUAUCUGGUCAAGAUAAUAGACAAACAAAAUGAAGAGGCCCUGCUGGAUCAGGACCACAUCACGCGCGAUCGAAAGGCAUUUACCAAAUUGAUGCUGCGCGGGUUCAUCAAGAACAAUGUCACCAGAGAGUCCUGGACUGGCGCUCCUUGGUUAGUCAAACCAUCUGUCGCGGAAACAUACAAGAUUCCCAUCGAAGUGCCGAAGCAUCUGCAGUAUGGAGCAAAGGUGGCGGAGAAGAAGGCGAUGAAGAAAGCGGAUCAAGAAGGCUUCUUUGGAUUCUUUUCUUCGCAGCAGUUGCCCGAGUUGAAACCCGCGGUCAAGGGGCAGAAGUCAAAGCUAUCUGCACAGGAGAUGGCCAAAUCGAGGGAGGCACAGUAUCAAGAGUACCAGCGGUCGCUAAACGGGAACCCGUCAUUCCUCUUACCUUCGAACCCAUUGCGUCCUUCCAAACCCCCACUGGUUGGCGACAGGAAGCAUGCUGGCACCCCGGCAGUGGUCAUCAAGAAUGAGCCGAGACCUCCAACUCCACCACCAAUCAAGUAUCCCAUCGAAGAUCUGGAUCUUGCUCCAAAUACCAAGCAAAAGCACCGACCGACUCUGAAGUUCAUGAUGGUAGGUGAGUCUGAAGACGAUGGCGCCGAAGAUCUUCUGCCUGAUGAUCUAGAGCCGGAAACGGUGGGGCUGCUUCUGGAGACUUGGGGUACACUCAAUGUCUACUGUGAGGUCUUUGAGUUGGAUUCGUUCACAUUUGACGAUUUCAUCCAAGCUAUGCGGUUCUCAUCAGAAGAUAUGGACUGCGAACUGUUCGUGGAAGUGCACUGCGCCGUUCUCAAGAAGCUUGUCAAUUCAUCGAAUGAUGAUGGCGCCGUUCAAAUCUCACUCCCAGACUUCCCUGCUCCCGAUUCCGAUGAUUCAGAGGAGGAUGAUGACGAUGAAGAUGAAGAAGAAGGGGAGGAAGAAGCCACGGACGAGACUCCUGAGCCACAGGCGAGACCCGGUCGAAUGUCCACGAGGGGAAGUCUGGCCAAAGAAGAGGCAGCCAUUAUCAAAGCACAGGUCAAGGAAGAUGAACCCGAGGAGACGCAAAUUCAUCGCGCUGGCGAGAUGCUUGAAGAGUAUGGCUGGAUCGAACGUCUGCGCAACCGCGAUUUCCGCAACGGUGGAUGGCAGUUGAUAAUGGUUGGACUUUUGCACCAGCUGUCUGUUCAGCCUCGCUCGGAGCAACUCUGCAACACCAUUCUCAAGCAUUUGGCACCUCUCGAUCGCGAACCUACACAACAUACCGUGCAGGAGCAGUACCGAACACUCGACGUCAAUCUGCGUACCAGGGCGCUUCAAAUAAUUUGCAUGUUGAGUAUGGAGACUAGAGCCAUCCGCAACUACCUAGAAGAGUGCAGCAACCAAAUGACGGAACUGCGCAAGGAGAAGAUUGAGUACCAGAAAGCCCGCAAAGCAAGUCUCAUCGAACUUCGUCAACUCCACCAGGACCGCAAGGCUCUUCAGCCUGAACCCGAGAAAACUGGAAAGUCACCUACGCCCGUGCCCGAAUUGGAUGGCUUGGAAGACUCAAGACUCGGCCUCGAGGGUGACUCUGAAAUGGUUGACGACACAGAGGACGAGGAUACCCCUCGGCCACGUUCACUACGCGGAGGGGUUGAUCGAGCUCUGGAGCGUAAGCGGAAGCAAGAGCUGGAAAAGGCUCGAAAGGAGAUCCUGGCAAAGCAACCGAAGGGGUCCAAGCAAUACCAGCGAGUCUUGAAGAAGAUCGAUGAGCAGAAUGCCAAGAUCGAGAAGCUCCAGGAGCAAAUCGAGACGGUGGAAAAUAGUCUCCGCGAGACCGACUGCCCCCGGAUUCGAUGCCUGGGACUGGAUCGCUUCUGCAAUCGCUACUGGUGGUACGAGCGCAACGCGAUGCCCCACGAAGGUAUGCCAGACAGCUCGACGGCCGAGGCACGCUACGCCAAUGGUCGUCUGUGGGUGCAAGGCCCGGAUGAAAUGGAGUACGCUGGUUUUAUCGACGUGACCGACGAACAACGCAAACAGUAUCAAAAGCAUUUCCAAACCACCCCAGCAGAGCGCAAGAAGCAUGAAGAGGGUCCAACCCACCUUUCUAAUGCUCGCGAAUGGGGCUACUACGAGGACCCGGAGGCAAUUGAGCAGCUGAUCGAGUGGCUGGACUCACGGGGCAACCGGGAAUCCAAGUUGCUGAAAGAGCUGGUCAAUCAGCAAGAAUAUAUCGCCAAGUACAUGAAGAAUCGCCAGGCAUACCUGGCCGGGACCCCUCAAAGGGCGGAGUCGGAGGAUAUUAUUCCAGCCAAACGUGUGACCACCCGAACGAAGACUUACAUGGAUGUGAAUGAGACUAGUCUCCGUUGUCUACGCUGGAAGAACACAACCGCUCUGUCGCAGAAUGGACAUCUUCAUGUUGAUCCCGGCCGACCAAACAAGCGCAAGCGGGUUUCCGAAGACAACAGAGUGACCAAAGCUGCCAAACAGGCCAAGCCUUUGCCCCGAACACGCGCGCAGCGCAGGGGUUGA